AUGCUAGGAUUUAGGUUGAAAUCACAUGUGAAUGUUGUGAGUUUCCGACGUCUGUAUCGGGUUUUAGCGAUCGAAACAUCAUGCGAUGAUACUUGCUGUGCAAUCAUAGAUCGGAAAGAAAAAAGUGUACCAGCAGAAGUGCUUUGGGAGGGGAAAAGUACUUUGAAUAGUGUAGAUUAUGGCGGAGUGAUUCCUACAAGGGCCCAUGAACAUCACCAGCGGAGUAUUGCGGGUGUAGUACAGAAAGCCUUGACAGAGAGUGCUUCUAAAGGGAAAAUCGAUCUAGUGUGUGCUACUUGGGGCCCUGGGAUGGCAGGAUCUUUAUGUGUGGGCUUAGACUUCGCCAAAGCGAUGUCUCUAUCAUGGGACGUACCGUUUGUUGGUGUUCAUCACAUGCUAGGCCAUUUGUUGGUACCGAGACUUGAUACUAAUGGGCAGCAACCGGAGUACCCAUUUAUUACACUUUUGGUAAGUGGUGGGCAUACAAUGCUAGUUCUUUCUUCUGCUGUGGAUAAACACGAGAUUUUGUGCGAUACUAUCGAUAUUGCUGUGGGCGAUUCUUUAGAUAAGACUGCCCGGGAAUUGGGUAUCCGGGGGAACAUGAUCGCAAAGGAAAUGGAAUCAUUUAUCAAGGAAGAAGACCGCGACUUUUUAAGAGCAUCGACGAGCGAUUCAAAACCCAUGAAGCUCCCAAAACCUCUAAGAAAUCAAAAUGGAAGAAUGAAUGUACAAGCAUUCUCUUUCUCACCUUUCCUAACUGCUGUCAGACAGCAUUUAACGAAACCUAUAGAAGAUUAUUCCGUGAGUGAAAGAAGAUGGAUGGCAUACCAAGUCCAAGAAAGUACUUUUGACCAUUUGAUAACCAAAGUGAAUUUAACACUUAAACUAAACGCAAAGAAACUCUCUAAUGUUAAACAUUUUGUUUGUUCUGGUGGUGUUGGUGCUAAUAUGAGACUUCGCGAGCGGCUGGAAACAGAAUUAGCCCAUAAAUUUCAGUCCAUUAAUUAUCCUAAAUUGGAGCACUGUACGGAUAAUGCAGUGAUGAUUGGAUGGGCUGCAAUAGAGCUUCACGAAUCACUUGGACUUACUACAAGCUUAUCUGUGGCUCCAGUUAGAAAAUGGCCAUUGAAUGAGAUCUUGCAAAUGCCCGGAUGGUUGUAUGAUACAAAAAAAAAAUUAUAG